AAAAACACCCCCACUCUACAAAUCCUAGUCCAAAAAGGUCCCGACCGAACCUUAUUCCUUAAGAAAACCGAACCUUCUCCGUUCCCUUCCCUCCUUGCGUUAAAUACAACUGACCUGUCUGACACGACCAAACUACCAACCCAGAAGCAAAGACCAACUAAGAAAGAAAAGGAAAAAAAAAUUUAUAGAGAGAGAGAGAGAGAUGGGGUUAAAGAAGAAUGGGUGGAUCUUUUUCAAGAGGCUGAGGAUGCAGACAGCUUGGAGAUGGAAGUUCUUGGGGUCAGCUUUCAAGUGGAAGAGGUUGAAUCUGCAGCUCUCUUUUGUGGACGACGUGCUUUUCAGGAUUAUGUCUGUGUUUGAGGCUAUUGUGUUGGUUGCCACCUUGUGUUUCUUUUAUCUUUGUUGUGGCUGCCAUUUUUGAAGAGUCUCCCUCUUCUGGGGCUCUGACUAUGCCGGCCUCUUUGUUUUCUCUUUUUUUAGUACAUGCUCUCUGGUUUUUUUUUUUUUUUUUCCUUAGAUCUUUGGAGAUUUUCUGACUACUGAAAAUGGUAAAAAGAAAACAAUUUUGUUUUCGAUGGUGGUGGGCGAGAGAAGAUGGGUUAUUGGGUUUGUGACGUUGUUGGAUUUGUUGUUAGUGUGAGGGGUGAGCUAGAUUUCUCAAUUAAUGCAAGUUGAUGGAUGCAUCCAUUUCUCUCUCUCUCUCUCUCUCUCUCUCUAUAGUGUUUUACAUGUUCUGGGAGACUCUGAGAGAUGGGAGAUGAGCUAGUUUGAUAUUAAAAUUUCCCAGGAAUGUAUUGCAUAUGCCAAUGUAUAUGUUUAUGUACAAAUUUAAUGGUGGAAAAAGUUUAAAAAUUACUUAUGAAUUA